AAUCUAUAGGUAUACACGACACCAUCAACUGUUUCGGGGAAAAUAAUACACAAGAUGAGUAUAUAAUCAGCACAGUAAGAAACACUGCUACAAUCGUGCAAUUUUAAAAUGGAAGAUAAUCCUCUCUAUGAGGACAGUAGACUGCCAGUAUACGAGGAAUUACAGCUGGGAGAUAAGGUCGAACAAUGUGAUGUCAGAGUUGAACUGACUGAGAGGAGUGCAAGCAACAUCCCAGAUAACACAAACGCUGCAGCAACCUCUAUCAAGAAAGAGACCAACUUGAAAGCUAAGUGCAUCAGUUUGGUUAUUGUUCUCUCCCUGUUGGCCAUUACCAUGGUAGCAGCUAUUGCAUUGUCUGUGUAUGCUCUAGUGAUUUCUAACCAAGGUAUGGACAGCGUGAUGCUGGAGUUCCAAGAGCUAAAGAUGCAAUUAAAUAAGACAAAAGAAGAAAAAACUGAUGGCAUGAACACGGUUAGUAUUGCAAAUCUGGCUCUGUUGGGAAAUCUACUGUCUUCAGUGAAUGCUUUGAAUGUAACAAAUAGUAAUUUCAUGGCAGAAUUAAACAGUCUUGAGUCUUCAGUGAGCUCUCUAAACAGAACCAAUGGAGCAGCCGUGACUCAAUUGAACAGCCUGCAGUCUUCAGUGAGCUCUCUAAACACAACCAAUCAAUCAACUACGACUCAAUUGAACAGCCUGCAGUCUUCAGUGAGCACCCUGGAGAGUGUACUGAACAGUUUAAGCCCUGGACAAGUGGUUACUACAGUCAAUGCAAUUAGCAGCCUUCAGUCUUCAGUGAACUCUCUGACCACUCGAGUCAACUCUCCAGUGAACCUCUACCAAAACUGCACUCAGGAGACAGAAAGCUGUACUAGUACACAAUCUGGUUCUGCAUACCGUAAAUUCUGUACAACACCAUCCCUACCAGUGAACAAAUCAGGAUACUACACACUGAGCAUGGCGUGUAAGUAUGACCCAUCAUCAGGGAGUUUGGACACUACUGGUCUUCAUCAGUCUGGGUCAAACGUAGCCUGUCUUUGUGUGGCUACAGCUGAUACCGCACCAACAGGAGCACAUGUAUUAACAAGCUUUCGUACAUUUACCUGCACACUUGUCAUCACGAGGUGCCCCACCUCACAGAACAUUGUUUGAACUAAACAAUAUAAUUAUAAACGCUGACAGAGUAUUUAGUUAUGGGUCAGUGAGUACUUGACCAAAGUAGUUGCAAUCUUUUUUUUAUUUAUGUACUGUUCAUUUCAGUUCAUUGCCAUGGAACCUCGGCCAAUAACUGAAAAAUAUCUGCUAUCAUUACUAAGUUUAGUAGAUAAAUUAUAUCAAGAAUGAUAAUUAUCUGCAGCCAAAUU